CAGUUGGAAUUUUUCUAAACAUUUUUGACCGCAAGCAAGUGUGCAAUAUUUUCCCUCUUGGUUUAGCAAAAUUGUUUAUCUGUCUGGUUGAUUGUCAGCACAAAUUUACGGCAAAUACCAUAUAGGCCUACUACGUUAAUGUAAUGCAAUUUAUUCAAUCCAAUUGUGAAAUUAUCCACUACUCCAAUGUAGCCGAACAGUUCACUGGUAGAAAAAUGUACUAAUAUUUCAUACAUAAUGCGGCGAGAGGAUGGAUCCUUGAGUAUGGUUGAGGCUUUCACCGCGAGAAAAAUCCAAGAUUUUUCCCAGAUCAUGGAACAUUUUGAACAUGACAUUUGCCCAAAGCGGUCAAACGUUUUAUAAUUUGUGUUAUUAAAUCAAUGCAGACUUUAUACAGACCGCUCGGUCCUGCUGAGCAUUUGCUCUCCGUGCGGUAGCUGAAUGUUCCCUGUACCGCGCUGAGCCUGAAUGUUUGCUGUGCUGUGUUGGCAGCUAGACUUCCGCGUUUCAUCCGACUUCCUGCUCAGUCCUGCAGUUGCCGUGUUGGAUUGGUCUUCCUAGCGUCGCACACUUGCUAGCUCACCCGUUUUCCGGCUCACGGUUGCCAUGGGAGGCCUUGGAAACGGGCGUCGCGGAGGAAGGUCGCCGCCGCUUCUGAUUGGCGCCUUGAUCGCUUGCGUUCUCGUGCUGGGAUUCAACUACUGGGUGUCGAGCUCACGCAACCUGGAGCUGCAGACGCAGCUGUUUCAGAUGGAGGGAGCGGCGCGGAGAGCGGCGGCAGAGAGGGCAGCUGUGGAGCAGAAGAAGGCGGCGUUUGAGGAGCAGCUGCGCAUGCAGAGCGACCAGAUCAAACGCAUGGAGGACAGUCACAGGAUCCAGCUGGAUACCAUGCAGGCUAACUGGAAGCAAGAAAAGACAGUUCUGGUGUUAAACAUCUCCACAAGCACUAGAACAAUCCAGAUAUUGAAAGCUCAGUUGUUCGGUCUGGAGGAAAUUCAGAAGGAGCUGCAGGACUGCCAGAACAAUCGGAUCAAUCUGAGUACUGCCAUGAAUCAGUGUGAGGCUCAGAUGAGUGCUCUGAAGGAGGAGUGUGCAGCCAAAACCCCUGAGAAACCCCCACCUGUCUCACCCUCCUCUCAGGAGAAGUCCGGCCCCCCUCUCAGCCGAACGGGCCUGGAAGAGAAGCCAGGCCUGGAUGACACCAAGAAGCCCUCUGUCCUCGCCCCGAAAACCAGCCGGACCGGCGCUGAACCAGACAGUACCAACACCAAGCUUUCUGCGCUGGAGACCAAUGAGAUUGCCAAAGAUGGAGAGAAAAGCGACAUUACCCAGCAGCAACCCCCAGUGGGCGUGGCCAAACGGGGAAAUGACUUGGAAGUGAUGGAAACCCAUGUGGGGAAGCAGCAGUCUACAGGAAAUGAUGUGGUUGUGGUGGAAAAGGAAGACAAACGUGUGGACACACCUGAGGACAAACCUGAAGACAAACCUGAGGACAAACCUGGAGACCAACCUGAGGACCAACCUGAGGACAAACCUGGAGACAAACUUGAGGACAAACCUGAGGACCAACCUGAGGACAAACCUGGAGACCAACCUGAGGACCAACCUGAGGACAAACCUGGAGACAAACCAGGAGACCAGCAGAAUGCUGCAGGUUCUGAGGCAGUGAAACAGACUCAACUCAAAGCUAACGCAGGUAGAGAUCCGGCUGUAGGCCACGCCCUGCCGGACCGGAAGGACAAGCUUGCGGAUUAUAAUGGUGACGCUGACAAUGAGGGCGAGUUUGAGGCAGACAAGCAAGCCGAACUUGCCAAGCAUUGAGGAUCGGACUGAAGAUCAAGGCCGCUGAAGAUAAGUGGCUGGACAGUCUAAUAAUUCACACAAGUUCUGUAACCAUGGAGAUGCUGAAGAUAUUCCUGAUCUUCCAGUGACGUUGCACAUGAUGCCUUAAUGAUCCAAAAUGAAUGUAUCUGUACAAGGGGCCUGAAGACUUGCACUGCUCUGAACUACAAAGAAGAUCCACAUACGACAUGCAUACACCUGUAUGCUGCAUACACCUGUACCUAUACACCUGUAUGCUGCAUACACCUGUAUGCUCAGUUUAUAUCGGGACCGGUCCCAAGUUGAAAAUGAAUGGCACACUCCUAAUUCUGCUCUGGGGACAGACGAGAGGGCGGGAUUAUUGCUGUCUCUCAGAUCUGACUGACUGAUGCUUCCACAGGUCAUCCAGUUUAACCAAUCACAUUUAAGCUGUGUCAGAGGUGCCCGUGGGAGUGGCCAUGUCUUCCACUACCUCUGUGUAAAAUGGAUGCCCGCCUAACUCUUGCUUUUUCAAACUGCUUCACAUGCGUUUCGAUGCGUUUGACCUUGAUCGGGAAAACUGAAUCCUAAAGACAGCUGUUUCAUUGGAUGUAGCGAUCGUAGAUUGGAUGUUUUAAUUGGGUGUGGGGAAUUAUAUAUUAGUUAGGAAAGUUCAUUUCCUUAUGGGUCUUACCCCCCACCCCCCGUACUAUGACUACUGAGUGCCCCGUUUGCAGUUUAUUAUUUAUGAAAUGUGUGUUUGCUGGAUUAGAGCGUCUGAGCACCCAGAGCCCAGAACCACACCGCUGUGUUUCAGACACAUUAUGAAGGAGAUUCACUGAAGCUUCGCCCUGCCGGAUCACAGACUUUGGGAACGCAGUGCUCCCCGUGGUGGUAGGACCGCCAAAACUGGAAUUACACCUCUAAACAUACACCUGCUAUAUCACUGCCAGCUGCUCCAAUUGUGGCAUGUACACACACACACACACACAAACACACAUACACAUAUGAAUACACAUACACAACUCUUGAAGAAAUGAGGAAAGGUGUCUUAAGGAUGUCUUUCGCUUCUUAAGCUCUACUUUAGUGCACGAUGCCAGUCUUCAUCACAUUGCGCCGACCGUCCAAUCAGCAGGGCUAGUCCGUCUGAAUGCAUUACCAGGGUAACCGUCCUCGGGGUUGUGGGUCUUGCUCUGUUCGUCCUGAACUGGUAGUUUGCAGACACUGAAUGAAAGAUUUUAUAAUUUAUUUUAUAGAUUUUGUAUUUGUGGUUAUGUUUGUUCUGAUUGAAGCCGUUGAACAUGUUUAUGCACAUUCUGGUGGAAAUAGUUUAAUAACAUGGCAUAGCUUGCUCAAGAUUUGAUUUUUUUUGUAGUGUCUGAGAAAUCUGGAAACCACGCCAAGUGGACAUAUCGUAGAAAUAUAAAUAUUUUUCGUAGAAAUGUGAAUAUUCCAUUGUGCGCUUUCUACCCUGGAGAUGGGAAUAAACUUACCUGAAUAUAAA